AUGUUCGUCCGUGGCCCAUUGGAGGAUGAGCAAAUCGUGUAUUCUCUGUUGUCUGAUGUUGAUUACAGUCUACGUGCCCAGGCUAACGGUUGGUUGGAGUUUCGAAUACCCACCGAAGAUGACACACAAGCAAAAAUCAGAUUUAUGUUGGUAUCAUCACAGGGAGCUGGAGAGCAGAGGUACAGGGCAGUUGUUUCACGAGAGGGAUACUCUGAUGCUGUCUGUAUCGACUUCAAGGACAAAACGCCACAGAUAUCUCAAAGAGGCCUCUUGAAGUCUCUGCAAGACAUCGAGGUAUGGAUAAGUGAUUACGAUGCCAAUGGCAAGUUUGUUGUCUCCCAGAUGAGCUGGGAGGAACUCACUCAACGAGGGACCAAGUCCCGGAGCUUAAGAGCAACAUUCAUCAAGAGCGAAAACGACCCUACGGCCGGCGAUUGGCUUGAUGAGGUAGAUGACCUGAUCAGAGCUAUGCGAGGCGACAGAAAAGAUCCUUACGAGCGAGUCAAGAUUGCCAUCAUCGACUCUGGCUUGCAUGAUAGGGAGAGAGGCCGUUACCGAGCUGAGUAUAAAGACUUUACUGAUGUACAUAUGAAUGACUCGUGGCACGGUACUUGCUGUGCGGGGAUCAUCCAGGGGAUGUAUGAGGAGGCUAGGCUAUACAUCGCAAGGGUCUUUGAACGGGACCACGCGGAUGAGAUUGAAGGACCUCUUCGAAUGGCAAGAGCUAUUCACUGGGCUAUUGAGCCACCGCGCUCCGUCGACAUCAUCAGCAUCUCCGCUGGCUUCCGAAACUACUCCAAGGAACUAGACGACGCUGUCACAAGAGCCAAAGCUUCUGGUGUUCUUGUCAUAGCUGCAGCGUCAAACUGGCAGAACAAAAAUACCGUCGCAUUCCCAGCUCGGCAUAACCUCAGCGCCAUGUGCAUUUACUCUACAAAUACUGGAAAUCAGAGCUCAAGCUUUAAUCCAGAGCCUCGUGCUGAUACACAGAACUUUGCGAUCCUGGGCGAGGGGUUUCAACAUCCAGAUCAAAGGAGGAAUGAGCGCAUGAGCGGAACGUCAAGUAAGAACCGCGGAUCUUGA